UUGAUAGUAACAGGAAAAUGUAGAAUGUCUGGCGGCGCAUGCGUAAUGCAACAUACUGACAGCAAGUAGAGUAAACAGUCAAGCUAGCCAACUGUUAGCUGAAGAAAGUAGCUAUUUACACACAACUUAGGUUGAGAUGUUUCGGAGAAAACUGACAGCGCUAGAUUAUCACAAUCCCAGUGAAUUUGACUGCACAGAUGAGACGCAAUUUAGGAACUGCAUUGUGUGGCUGGAGGACCAGAAGAUUCGACAUUAUAAGAUCGAGGACAGAGGAAACCUGAGGAACAUCCCGAGCUCAGACUGGCCCAAAGCCUACCAGAAGUACCUGCAGGAUCUCAACUGUCCGUUUGGAGUUGAGGAGAAGCAGGAGGCUCUAGACUGGUUACUGGGCCUGUCUGUACGGUAUGAAUAUGGAGACAAUGUGGCCAAGUAUAAGGACUGUAAGCCGCUGGCAGCCCCCGGCAACAGUGAGGAAAAAGCAGGGGACCCUCUCCUCAACCUUGACAGUAGUUCACCAGAUUUCAAAGCAGGAGUGACAGCUCUGGCCAACAUCCUAAAGAUACAACGACAUGAUGAUUACCUGGUUAUGCUCAAGGCUAUUCGUAUUCUGAUCCAGGAGAGACUCUCUCCAGAAGCCAUCAGUAAAGCCAGCCAGAGUACAGAGGGUAUUCCAGUAGCUUUAGACAAGCACGUCCUGGGUUUCGACACUGGAGACGCCACUCUGAAUGAAGCGGCCCAGAUCCUGCGCCUGCUGCACAUCGAGGAGCUGAGGGAGCUCCAGACUAAGAUCAACGAGGCCAUCGUCGCCGUUCAGGCCAUCAUAGCCGACCCCAAGACAGACCACAGGCUGGGCAAGGUGGGAAGAUGAGAGCGAGGAUCAACAAGGACACUAAAGGAAGGGAGUGAGGGACUUAAUCAAGGGAGUUUUCAUUUGAUUUUGAGAGGAAGAGCCUGUCUGCACUGGACAUAAAUGAGUUUGGAUUUUAUUUCCGUUGUUGCAUGAGAUCACACUGGUCGGAUUGGGAAUUUGGAGUAAAUGAGCAAAUUUUCAGAUGCUGUUUGUCUUUUGUACUGCAGCAUGAAUGAAUUUACACCACGUUAAAAGUUUUUGAUGGAUUAAUUGGUAUAGUGGCACUGGUUUAGACUAAUAUGUUAAGUCAUUACUUCUUCAGAUUAUCUCCUGGCUGUCACAAUAGAAACCAGAGUUAUUCCUGGACAGUUAUAUUUGUAUCUUUUGUUUCCAGGGAGUUGUUUUUUUGCAAAUGGAAGAAAGGGUUAUUUUGACGCUGUGUGGGGAAAAUGUAUAAAUACAGCUGAACAGAG